AUGUCUAUUGUAUUGAUUCUUUUUGUUGUACUCAUUAGUUUUCAUUCAGUUAAUGGUCUCGAAUGUUACGUAUGUGAACAACAAGAAGGCAAUAAUGACAAAUGUAUAAAAACGGUUCGUAUGUGUGCUCGAGAGGAAGAUGCAUGUGCUUCUCUUAUUCUUUGGACAACACCUCAUGAAUGGACACCUCGUGCUGAACGUCGUCAUUAUAUUUCAAAAGGAUGUGAUAAACAUGAAGGAUGCACUCGACUUCUUUAUGGUCUUGCUUCAAUUUGUACACGUAAUUGGUAUGAAGAUUGGGCAUGUGCUGAAUGUUGCCAAGGUGAUCGAUGCAAUCGAUAUGUUGUUGUAUGUAUUCUAACAAAUAUUAUAACUUUAAUGAUGAUAGACUAA